AUGGCUGGAAUUCAAAAGGCUCUCGAUGCUGGUGCAGUCCCAGGCCAUAUUUCAAAUGUAUGUCCCCCGGGUACCAAAGCCUAUCUUCUCGAGGUUGGUUGGCUCGAGUGCGAUGAAGGCUUCGUCACAAGAGGUGGGAAUACAUCUUUGAAGAGCACAGAGGGGAAAGAAUUCGCCAACAAGCGCCGAGAGCUCCCAAUGUACUGCGUUUUAAUCGAUCACCCCCACGAGGGCUGCAUUCUUUGGGAGACGGGAUGUGGAGUUGACUAUCCUGAAGUCUGGGGCCCGCAAGUAGCCGACGUCUUUGCACGAGUUCGAUAUGAGCCAAGGCAUGAACUGAAAGCUGCCAUUGAGGCCACGGGGCAUAAGUUGGAAGAUGUGAAGAAGAUUAUCUUAGGACAUAUGCAUCUGGAUCAUGCAGGAGGCUUGGACCAAUUCCUGGACCGGAAAGAUAUUGAGAUUUGGGUACAUGACAAGGAGCUGCGUUCUGCUUUCUGGUCUGUUGCGACUGGCGCAGAUGUUGGUGUUUAUCUCCAGCACUACAUGAAUCUCUCACUGAAUUGGAAGACAUUCGAUGAAAGAACAAUGGACUUCUGUCAGGGCAUCACCCUCCAUCACUUGCCUGGGCAUACAGACGGCCUGGUCGGUAUGCAGCUCAAUCUGCUAAACAGCGGAACAUUCUUCUUUAUCAGUGACCACUGCCAUGUCAUCGAAAAUUGGCGUGACGGAGUCCCGCAAGGGUGGUUGGCACGUGACCAUCCAGCAUGGUUCCAGAGUACUCAAAGAUUGAAACGAUUGGAGGCAACCACGAAAGGUAGGGUCAUUCCAGGCCACGACAAGGAGACUUUUCUUCAACUUCAAAGUGAGAUCAAGGACUACUUGAGUUGA